AUGCAUUCCCACGGAUACAAUGUUGCCCACAGCAACAACAGCAUCAACGAGAACAAGUACAACAACGAGAAGCUGAUGAAAUCUUCGCCAGUGUACAAGUUAAAGAAGAUCCUGAAGCCGAUCGCAACGUUGCUCAAGCAGAAAAAAGCAACCAAACAACAGCAGCAGCAUCAGCAGCAACAUCAGCAACAGUUCUACGGCGCUCCUGAGGAAGACUUUGCCCAGGAUUGCGAGUACGACAACAGCGCAAACGAGCGGCUCGAAUCGCAACUGCUUGCGGAAAUCGCAGAGUGCCAUGCCAACGCAGCCAUCUUCGUCUACGAAGACAACCAAGUUCAGCUUCAGCCGGUCCAGCCGGAGGAACAGUACGUUCCGGUACACUUUGCCCGCACCGAAGCCGGUACCUUCUUCUGGACCACGAUGGCCCGGGAAGCCGACAGCGAUCUGAUUCAACCGUGCCACUGCUUCUCCGAUCACCAGCUCCCUCAGCAGGAGUUUUGCGAUAGAUGGGCGCAAGCUUAA